UUGCUCAAUACUAGCGCUAGCGCGCUGUAGGGCCAUGUGGAUGUUUGAUGGCCCUCCUCCACCUUGAGCACGUCAGUCAGGCUUCUGCUGUCGUAUAUCUGUGAGAAAAAAACUCGCGCAAUGUAUCAAACAGCGGAUUUUUUCUGUUAUAGAGACGGUCUCAUCGGACAAUGACGACUCAAGGUAUUCAAGGACAAGCGGACAAUGCCGCUCGGAAAUCAAGCGAUGCUAGCAAGCGCAGCUAUGACGCGCACGAAGCACGAGGAGCUCUGACAGAGACGACCCUUCCUGAUUUAAAUGAGAUCGAGAGCAAGCUUCCGCCGCCGCUUAGCCUCUCCGCGGCAGAGGAGAGCAAGCUAUACCGCAAGAUAGACUUGCGCAUCAUGCCGAUGUUAACUUUGAUGUAUGUGUGCUCGUUCUUAGACAGAGGGAAUAUCGGAAAUGCCAAGCUACAAGGGCUUACAACGCAACUCCAUCUGGUCGGCAACCAGUACAACAUUGCUUUGGCAUUAUUCUUCGUGCCCUUUUGUGUCGUCGAUUUUCCUGCUAGCCUAGUGACGAAGAAAUUCCGACCUUCACGGCUGCCAUCAUGCUCGCUAGAGUACUUAUUCCUGAGUCUUCCUAACAGGUAUCCGCAGCUCGUAGGCGUACGAGUCGCUCUGGGAACAGCUGAAGCUGGGUUCUUUCCUGGUGUCGCCUGGUACCUCUCGAUUUGGUAUCCUAGACACAAGCUCCAAUUUCGCAUAGGAUUGUUUUGGGGUGGCGCCACCAUCGCCGGAGCGUUCUCUGGUAUACUGGCGUAUGGGAUAUCAUUCAUGUCUGGCGUUGGCGGCAAGCUCGGGUGGUCAUGGAUCUUUAUAUUAGAGGGAUGCUUCACCGUUCUUGUGGGCUUUGCCUCCCUGUUCAUCCUGAUCGACUUUCCGACGAACGCGAAGUUCUUAACUCCUGAGGAGCGGGCAUACGUUAUUUGGAGGAAGACACACACUCAUCGUUUCUGUGCAGAAUACGACAACUCGUUGGUUGGCGAGGAGGAGUCCUGGUCAUUCAGGCACCUGUGGGAAGCUUUUUCCGAUUGGCAGCUAUGGACACACGUCCUGAUCUACAUGUCAAUCAUUGGGCCACUCUACGGGAUAUCUUUCUUUUUGCCCUUUGGUUUUAGCCCAGCAUCGAGUCAGCUGCUCACCGUACCGCCCUACAUCUUCGCUACGUUCGUCACCGUGGGCUUCGCGCUGCUGUCCGACCGUACAGAGUACCGCUUCCCGUUUAUCCUCGCCGGCCACGCGAUGUGCAUCCUCGGCUUCGGCAUCCAGAUUUCGAACGCGGGCUUCGCCGUCAAGUACUUUGGGACGUUUUUCUGCGUUGCCGGGUCGUACGCCGCGUUCCCCGGGGUUAUCACCUGGCUUGCCAAUAAUGUUGCUGGUCAGUACAAGCGCGGCGCCGCGAUUCCGCUGCACAUCGGGUUCGGGAACUUCGCGGGGUCUAUCUCGUCGGUCCUCUACCGCACGCAGGACGCGCCACGCUACAUCCUUGGAGGCGCGUGCCCUCUUCCGAGCGAAAUCCUCCUUUCCGCCCACAUGCUCACAUCGCCUCUAGAUGCACUGGAACUCAUGUUCGUCGGUAUCGGCAUCACCGUACUCGCCUUGAAUGUAGUCGUGUACCGCAGGAUCAACGCGAGGCGAGAGGUUCACAUGCAAGAGACGGAGGAGAAGGGCAUCGCGUACAGCGCUGCGCAGCUCAAAGCGAUGGGCGACAGGGCGCCUGACUUCAGGUAUACUCUCUGAUGUAAAUAAGAUGAGGCUUGUUCGUGCAGAUUAUUCAUAUAGGAUGGACCAAGGUGGUAAAUGGUGCGCGAAGGCCAGCAGAUGUGGCAUUCUGAGCGAAGUCUGUCAGGGACGGCAAAUAAAGGGAGACUUGGUUUGAUAAUAUCUUGGCACGAAUGAACCGAAAGCUAGCAUAUCCCCAGGAACACCACAAAUACAGGCGGACGAUACCGCCAUAACAUCUCACCGAGGAGAUGAGACCUGGUGGUGACUAU